AUGGGCUCCCCCUUAUCACCUAUUUUAGCAGAACUCAUUAUGAGAAAUAUAGAAAAUUGUAUUUUCCAUGCACCUUUAACAAUCCACUAUCCUAUCAUGUAUCUACGAUACGUUGAUGAUAUUUUGAUUGCAUGGGAUAGCUCUGCAGAGGAUUUAGACAAAUUUAUUCAAAUGCUAGCUUCAAUAUAUCCUACUAUAAAUUUCACUGUAGAAGAGGAGCAAGAAAACACAAUUUCCUUUUUAGAUUUAGAAGUGCAUAGAUAUCCAGAGCUAACUUUUGCGGUGCACCACAAAAACAACAGAGGGCCAGAUAUUAUCCCUGUAACUGCUUUCCAACCCCCGAGCUUUGUUAACUCCGCUAUUACUUCACUUAUUCAGAGAGCACUCCUCAUUCCAUCUUCCCAGACAUUAAUUGAUGAAGAAUUACAAAUUAUCAAAAGAGCAAUGCACAAUGCCGGAUAUUCCAACUCCAGAUAUCGAUAUCUCUACAACCGGGUCAAAAACAAAUUAUUUCCAAAAUCUUUCCUCUGCAACAAAGAAAGCCUAAAGAUAAUAAACCCUCCAAUACCGUACCUGGGCACCAUCUCACUAAAAAUAACACGCAUAUUCAGGAAAUAUGGUUUCAUAUUACCUAUAACCCCUCAACCGUCACUACGAAGAACAUUGUGCAACGAUCGAGACAGUCUCACGUUGAAUGAAAAAUCGGGAGUUUACAAAAUUCUAUUAAAACAUACAGUAUCAGGGGAGGAAAUUAUCUAUAUUGGAGCUACCACCAGAAUGAUACGGUCCCGGAUCCUCGAACAUCAAGAAGAUAUUAGAAAUAAUAGACCAGCUACAGAAUUAGCGAAAAAGGUGCUAGAACAAGAUUAUCUUCCACUUUGGAACCAUGUUAAAUUACUUAACCAUUGCAAUGAUCGUAGGCAAAUAUUCAUAUGGGAAAAUCUUUAUAUAUCUGCUGCUUUGUCGUGCAAUACGCCGACAUUGGAAAUACCACAGUUAUGGAUAACUUUAUUUAAACAAUCUAAGUUAUAG